GUCCAGUCAUUCAUUCCAGUCAGUCAGUCAAUCUUUCAGUCUUUUCAGACAGUCAUUCAUUUUUUUUUUCUCUUUUUUUUUUUUAACUACUAGUCACUCUUUGAUACCUACUACCUACCUAUUGUACUCGGCACCGUUGUGGUUGUUAAAUUCAUCUACCUACCUAUCUACCUAUCUACACGUAUUUAUACCGAAUACCCUAAUCAUCAACCAACAUGCCUGCCAUUCUCAAGAAGAUCAAGAACGCCCUCAAGUCCAUCUUCAAGAAGAAGAAGACUGAGGAGAGCCCCGAGGCCGCUCCUGCUGGCGAGACUCAGCCGGCCGCCGAUAAGCCCGCGGAAGAAGCGCAGCCUGAAGCUGCUGCUGCCGCUGCCGAGGCCCCGGCCUUGGAGGUGACGGAGACCCCCGCUGGCGAGGCCCAUGCGGAGGCCGAGGCCGUUGCUCCUGUUGCUGCGUCCGAGCCCGCUGCAGAGACGCCCGCCGAGGCUGCCGGAAGCGCAGUGGACAAGGAGACCAAAUAGACGCGUCCCUGGACAUCCAGCUGAUGCCAUUAUCCAAUGCAUGUGCACGCAUGCAUCGUCCACUCCUUAAUGCGGCAAAAUUUCCCUAUCUUGCAUCAUCUCUCAUACCCCGCAUAGACUGCUCUGGUUUCAUUUUGUUUUGUUGUUGAUGUUGAUGUUGUCGUCGUUGAUGUUGAUAUCCAUUUGCAUAAUACCCUGUAUUGUUUUCAUUAGCUCAUGCUUCCAUGCAUACUCCCUACUAAUACAGUCCGAGUCAAGCUAGUGUCUCGUC